AUGUCACUAACGGCGACUUCCCUCAUCAAUGAAACCGCGGAUAAUAGCCGAGUGGGCGCAAUGGGGAAUACCGUGUCUGGCAAAAAGUUAAAGAUUAGGUCGUACCCGAGGUUCGAAAGCUUGGAGGAAGAGAGAUUGUAUCGCAAACAGCAUCUAGCUGCCGCAUUCAGGAUAUUCGCCGAUCGAGGUUUCGAUGAAGGGGUUGCUGGCCAUAUAUCAGUUCGUGACCCAAUUCUCACUGAUCACUUUUGGCUUAAUCCCCUCUCUCAACACUUCUCUCAAAUCUGUGUAUCGGAUCUUAUCCUGGUGAACGAAGAUGGAGAUGUGGUAAUUGGAGAUGAGCCAAUCAAUGCUGCCGCAUUUGCUAUCCAUUCUGAGAUCCACAAAGCUCGUCCCGACGUGCACGCCGCUUGUCAUGCUCACUCUGUCUAUGGCAAAGCCUACAGCGCAUUUGGUCUUCCUCUUGAUAUGAUAACUCAGGAUGCUCUCCGAUUUUAUAAAUCUCAUAGUGUAUAUGACGAUUUUGGAGGAAUUGUCCUCGACCGCGAAGAAGGUAUUCGUAUAGCGAAAAGUUUGGGUAACGGGAAGGCAUGCAUUCUACAGAAUCACGGGCUGUUGACUGUAGGUCAGAGCGUGGAUGAAGCAGCCUUUUGGUUCAUAAGCCUUGACAAAACCUGUCAUGCUCAGCUGAUGGUAGAUGCUGCGGGAGCGGGGAGCGGGAAGGUGAAGAAGAUUAUUAGGGAUGAGGAGGCGGCCGUUACUUAUGAGCAAGUUGGAGGGCCAAAGAAGGGAUGGUUGGCUUUCCAAGGCUACUACGACGAAGUUAUGGCCAAGACAAAUGGGAGUUUCCUGAAGUGA